AUGAACAAAAUACUUUCUAUAAAGGAGUUGAUUCAACUUGGUGUUUCCCAAGUUGUAGUUCCUGGAAACUUUCCCCUCGGAUGCUUCCCUACUUUUCUGAGUGUCGCCAGGAAGAACCGCUCGACGGCCUACGAUGAUUUUGGGUGCGUGGAGAGUUUGAAUGAUCUUACAAGUUACGAAAAUGAUGAGCUGCAAAGAGCUCUGGACUCUCUUAGAAUGGAAUUCCCUAAUACCGUCAUACUCUAUGCGGACUACUACAAUGCUUUUCUAUCACUUCUUCGUCAAGCAACCACUUUUGGGUUUGAUACUGAAAAGUUGCUGACACCUUGUUGUGGAGAUGAUGGUGUGUAUGAUCUUACACUUCCGACGUUUUGUGGAGGUGUGGGUGUGCCUGUAUGCUCUAAUCCAAAUGUCCGAAUACAUUGGGAUGGCAUACAUCUGACGCAAGAGGCUUAUCGUCGUAUGUCUGAAAUUAUCAUUGGAAAUUUGGGGAUCAACUGCACUCAGUAAAACAAAGAUGUAGAUCAUGAUAUCCCUAAUGAAUAAAACAAUGUCCUCUUCUGGAGAGGAAUAAUAAUGUAUUAGCAAAAAA